AUGUCAACAAGACCCGACGACCACCGACGCAAAUGGGACAAAAAGGAAUUCGAGCGAAAAGCUCUCGACCGAAUUCAAAAAAUCAAAAAGGAUGAAACUGAGCCAGAAACACCUCGGGAGCUCCUCAAAGUCCGCGACUAUAAAGUCGAUCUAGAUAGCAAAUUGGGCAAGUCAAUGGUCAUCAACAAGACAACACCAAGCAGUCAAUCUGGUGGAUAUUUUUGUAACGUAUGUGAUUGUGUUGUGAAGGACUCGAUUAACUUUCUGGAUCAUAUAAAUGGCAAGAAGCAUCAAAGGAACUUGGGAAUGUCAAUGAAGGUUGAACGAUCGAGUCUCGAGCAGGUUAAAGAAAGAUUUAAUAAGAAUAAGAGGAAAGCUGAUGAUAAAGUCAAGGAAUAUGAUUUAGAUCAGAAGAUUAAGGAGGUGCAGGAGAUGGAAGAGAAGGCAAAGGAACUUAAACGAGAGAAAAAGAAGCGAAAGAAGGAGGAGACAGAGACAUCGAAUGAUGGAGGGUUUGAUGAGGACAUGAUGAAAAUGAUGGGAUUUGGGAAUUUUGGGGGAAGUAGGAAGAAUGUUUAA